AUGCGCUCAGUAUUUGGGGCGCCAAUUAUUCUCGUACUCUUGGCGUUUUUCGCCCCAAAAUGCGAAUCGGUCGGAUUCGCGCCCGAAUUGUACUGCGGACUCGAAAACUGCUAUGAGGGUGGGUGCCUUGCGCGGACGUUUCUGCUCAGAAGACGACAAUUUCAGUGCUUGACUUCAACCGAGAAGACUUUGACAAACAGAAACUGGCGAAAGCCUACCGAAGACAAGCGAGGAAACACCAUCCGGACAAGGCCAAGAACAAGGUGAGAAUAAGGAGUACCGGGGUACCCCUUCCAAAAAUUUGUGUUAAUUACUGACUUUUCAGGCCAGUAACUAGGCGAGAUGUUUAAACACUGGCCCUUUCGCCAAGCCAUGAAACCGAUGGAAAACGGUUAAAGACCUGCUUUUAUGCGGAUUUCGCAGCCGACGACUCUCGGCUUUCGCCGCUCGCUAUGCUUUACGUUGCAAGCUUGUGUACUUCACGAGAAGGAAAUCGGCUGCGAAAUCUGCAUGAAAGGCAGACAUUUUUCUUUUUUCUGACGUGCUCUUAGCUUAUGGGGCUAUUCAGGGGAUGAAAAAAUGAUUGUUUUCCGUUUAAAAAAAAAGGGAUCCCGCAAGUACUGUUCCCUUUCAAAAUUGCCGUUCAGGAAGAGAAACUCCUCGCAGAAGAGCGCUUCCGGGCAGUCGCCACCGCCUACGAAAUACUGAAGGACGAGGAAUCGCGGACGACGUACGACUACUACCUCGACCAUCCGGAUGAGAGACUCUACAACUACUACCAGUACUAUCGGCUUCGUGUGGCCCCGAAAGUCGACGUUCGCGUGGUCAUUGUGGGCACAAUUCUGCUGAUUUCUCUGUUCCAGGUUGGCAAUUAUUUGAAAAAUGUCAUUGAAAACUAACAUUUCCAGUACCUAUCCGCAAAACACAAGUUUUCGGAGGCGAUCGAAUACGCGACGAGCGUCGGAAAGUUCAGAAAUAUGGCCAUCAAGGACGGAAUCGACAAGGGGGUAUGCUGGAAAAGCUGGAAUUUCUAGAUUUUAUACAUUUUCAGGUGCUCGAAAUGGACAGAAACGGAAAGUUGAAAAAGACGAAAGGAGUGGACAAUGACGCGAUUAUCAAGCAAAUCAUAAUCGAUAAUCUCGAUGUGACGUCAGUUUUUUCAGAUUUUUCGCGAAUCUAUCUGAAAAUGUUUGCAGCGGAGGCUACAAGAAGGAGUCGAUUUACGACACUCUGGCCUGGCACACCGUCCUUUUUCCGUUCACAAUUUUCCGUUACGCCCAAUGGACGGUCAUCUGGUACUGGAGAUUCGCCGUUAAAAAUGAAGAGUACGACGAGAAGGCGAAGCUUUAUUUGAUCAGAAAGUAUCUGGGAGUGCCGCAAAUCGAAUUCGAUCAGGUUUUUCUGCAGGAAUUUCUUUGAUAAACGAGUUGUUUUCAGCGUUUCACGGACGCCGACAUUGACGAAAUGCUGGAGCGCGAGUGCUGGAUCAAGGCGAACUGUGCAGUUUACAAAGCGGAACGAGACGCCGCGGACCUGGAGAAAAUGGCACAAUCAGGGCGGUACAAACGGUACAAGCGGUACAUGAAGAACGCCGGAACCAUUUCGUUCGUCGACGAAGACUAG